UGGAAGUCACACACGGACACGCUCGCAUCCCACUAUCUCCCCGCCUCACCGCCACUUCACCACUUUGCUCAUCCUAUCUCCUCACCGCGCGCUCCCUACCGCUUGUCCGUUUCUUCCUCUCCCGAAGUAGCAACGUGCUUCUUCAUUCACCUGUUCCAGAAUCGGGCCAGGCUUGCGGAUGCCGGGGUGCGGAGUAGCGGGGAGAGGGGGCGUGGGGGUGUCGUCGGCCGCACGCCCCACUCCGCGCCGCCCCUGCCUCUGGAUGCCUAUCGCUCGCGGCUACGGGAGGCAACCUGAGCUGAAAUAUUGCACAUCAUCACAAAGCAAGUCUGUGUUACUAGGAGCAGGAUUUGGUCGACAUGUUACUAGGAGCAAUCCUUAUCUGCUCCAAAAUUCCAGUAGCACUACAAUGGCAAGACUGCAAAAGUCUGGGCAGUUUCAGCAACUUGUCUUGGACCCUUCAAGAAACUAUUUGACUAAGACAUUCUACAAUGCAAACAUGAAGAGGAGAGUUCUGUCGAGGGUUGAGUGUUUUGUGUCUUCAGAUCCAAUAAACAAUGGUUGGUUGAAACCAAGGAGGUCUGAGAAUUUCACUAGCUUGGAGAGCGCAUGUGUCCAGCGAGAAUACAAACUACCAGUCAGAACACGUGCUGACUGUAAAGCAGAGCAGUAUGAAAUAACAGGAUCACCUUUGAGCCCUUCUGAUGCUGAUGCUGUUAUGAUUGGAGACACAAAUGAGAUUUCUCCCUGGUGGCAGGAGUUCCCAAAGCGCUGGAUGAUUGUUCUCUUGUGCUUCUUUGCGUUCCUUCUUUGCAAUAUGGACCGUGUCAAUAUGAGCAUUGCAAUCCUUCCAAUGUCGUCAGAGUUCAGCUGGAGCCCAGCAACCGUCGGUCUAAUCCAAUCAUCUUUCUUUUGGGGUUACCUUCUUACACAGAUACUUGGAGGUAUUUGGGCUGAUAGGUUUGGUGGUAAGCUAGUACUAGGGUUUGGGGUUAUAUGGUGGUCAAUUGCGACAGUUCUUACGCCCCUUGCAGCCAAGAUUGGACUUCCAUGCUUACUCACCAUGCGUGCCUUCAUGGGGAUAGGCGAGGGCGUUGCCAUGCCUGCUAUGAACAACAUCCUUUCCAAAUGGAUCCCAGUUUCAGAGAGAAGCAGAUCUCUUGCCUUGGUGUACAGUGGAAUGUACCUUGGGUCAGUCACCGGCCUGGCUUUGUCACCUCUGUUGAUUAGCAGAUUUGGCUGGCCUUCUGUCUUUUAUGCAUUUGGAUCCCUUGGAAGCGUUUGGUUUGCACUGUGGCAAAGCAAAGCACACAGCUCUCCAGAUGAUGAUCCAGAGCUAAGUAAAGCUGAAAAGAGGCAUAUACUGGGUGGCAGCCCCUUAAAAGAGCCUGUCACUUCCAUACCAUGGAGGUUGAUUCUAUCAAAGGCUCCAGUGUGGGCUCUCAUAAUAUCACAUUUUUGCCAUAACUGGGGAACAUUUAUUCUGUUAACAUGGAUGCCCACAUACUACAAUCAGGUUCUGAAGUUCAAUCUAACCGAGUCCGGGCUUCUCUGUGUCUUGCCAUGGCUGACAAUGGCUGUCUUCGCGAAUAUUGGUGGAUGGAUUGCUGAUACUCUUGUUCAAAGAGGGAUCUCAGUUACAAACGUUCGUAAGAUCAUGCAAUCAAUUGGUUUCCUUGGACCAGCCUUGUUCUUAACACUGCUGAGCAAAGUUCGUACUCCAGCCAUGGCUGUAUUAUGUAUGGCAUGCAGUCAGGGUAGCGAUGCUUUUUCACAGUCUGGCCUGUAUUCAAAUCACCAAGACAUUGGACCACGUUAUGCGGGGGUACUUCUCGGAUUGUCAAACACUGCUGGCGUGCUUGCAGGAGUUUUUGGUACUGCAGCCACUGGCUACAUUCUUCAGAAAGGUUCUUGGGAUAGUGUGUUUAAGGUGUCUGUUGUGCUGUACAUAGUAGGAACGGUGGUGUGGAAUGUCUUUGCAACUGGAGAGAAAGUUCUCGAAUAAGCUGUGGACAUUCCUAUAUGCCAAUAUACGAAAAUUGUAUGAUUUUGGUAUACAAAGGUAAAUUUAAGAAGAGAUACAGCUGGAAGAAAACUCCAUUUUGUGCAAGAGAUAUACCUUCAUCUAAUGUUUGGGCUAUCGGAAGAAUGAAAUCAAAUUAGAGUAUCGUGUGAGGUCAAGAAGGUACUCAUGGAACUGGAGAAACUUCUUGUACAGAAAGCAACUGCACCAAUGGCACGUCAGAUUUUGCAGCUGUUUCUUGAGAAGUACAGGCUUCUACCAAGAUCAUCAAUCCACAUAUUUUUGUUUUGUUUUUAAAAUACAUGGUAGUUAAAUCGUGUUUCAACUUGCCCUUGAUUAAGGCGCUACAGCUACUGCCAACUAAAUGUAGUAUUAUGUGAGCUCUUUUUCAUCGAGAAUUCCUAAUUGUACCUGCUUCAGAUACCUUAAACGUCUCUGUUCCUUGCGUCGUUGCUAUUA